AUGGGGUAUCGUAUUGAUUCACUUGAUAUAUGUUUUGGCACUCAACUCGUGGAUUCCCGAGGUGACAUUGGGGCUCGCCAUGAGAUCGCUGAUGCCCUGAAGGACAUUAGUAAACAAGCCCAAGAGGUUGCUAACAGGCAUUUAAGGUACAAUGUCGGCGGCACGGAGCUUCGCCUAGCCAAAGACCUCGCUGAGAACAAUUGCGGCGCGCGCGUGCUGGUGGUCUGCUCGGAGAUCACCGCGGUGACCUUCCGUGGCCCGCACGAGUCCCACCUCGACACGCUGGUUGGUCGGGCGCUCUUCGGUGAAGGUGCAGCCGCGGUGAUCGUUGGCACAGACCCCGACGAGUCCAUCGAGCGUCCCCUAUUCCAGCUGGUGAAGAAUUUGGGGAGCACUUUAUUUGAGCUGCUCUCGGAAGCUCUUGGGCUCAAACCGAGCUACUUAACUGAUAUAGAGUGCAACCAAGGACAGAUCAUAUUCUGCCACUAUUACCUUCCGUGCCCCCAGCCUGAACUUGCCAUCGGGACAAGCCGGCAUUCAGACUCUGGCUUCCUCACCAUACUUCUCCAAGACGAAAUUGGUGGCCUACAGUUCCUCCAUGAGGACCGGUGGAUAGACGUCACACCGACACCGGGAGCGUUCAUUGUCAACAUCGGCGAUCUCCUACGGUCGAUCUCCAACGAUGGGUUCAGGAGCGUGGACCAUAGGGUGGUGGCGAAGAACGCCGCGCCGAGGGUCUCAAUCACGUGCUUCUUCAGCACGCAUUUCCACCCUGCCUCUAUGAGAAUGUACGGUCUGAUCAAGGAGAUGUUGUCCGAUGAGAACCGGCCAUUGUACAGGGAGACCCUCGUCAGAGAUUACAUCAAACAUUACUACUCCAUCGGGUUAGAUGCGAAAACUGCUAUCUCUGAUUUCCGGUUGUGAAUUGUGAAGGUGAG